AUGAUUCUCCGCAAACUGGAGGGACUAAUUACUUCUAGACUGUCAACUAGUGUAUAUCUUGUUUUCGAGUACACGGAACAUGAUAUUGCUGGUUUAUCAUCUUGUCUUGACAUCAAGUUCAGUGAAUCACAGGUUAAAUGCUAUAUGCAUCAACUACUAUCUGGCCUUGAACACUGUCAUUCAAGAGGUAUAAUGCACAGUAAUAUCAAGGGAUCCAACCUUCUUGUUAGUGAUGAUGGAGCUCUAAAGAUAGCUGAUUUUGGCCUGAAAAAUUUUGUUAGUGUCGGGCACAUUCAACCAUUAACUAGUCGAGUUGUUACUUUAUGGGUUCAAGUUGCUGAUGUGGUUGAUUGGGCUGAUCUCGGAAGCCGAGGAAGGACAAAAUUUGCUGGAGAAGGCAGUAAAGAAGUGCAGCAGCAGUUACAGGAAAGUAUGAGAGGCAGUGUUGCUGUUGUUGCAACAGAAGUGCAAUGCAGGGAAAGAGGUUCAGGUGAUGGAAGUGAUUGCAGGCCAGAGUAUAAGGAGAAACGAGGGUUUCCGCUACAGAUUAGUGAAAUUCAGUGA